AUGGAACGGAUAUUACUUAUAGAAGCGGAAUUACUAAAGGAAGAAACUGUUUCAAUAGAAUCUGAAAAAAUUCAUAAUAAAAAUGAAAUUUUUUCAUGUAAAAACGAUAAAUCCUCUAAGGAGAAAAUCAAUUCAGUUAAUCAUAAAAAAAUUACUAACCAGAAAAAAAGAAUCUCUGGUAAAAGAUGUGAUAAAAAAUUUACGCAAAAAGGCAGUUUAAAACGACAAAGACAACAAUUGCAUGCUGACAAGUCUGAAGAAGAAGAAGAAGUCAAUUAUUCGUGUGAUAUUUGUGGCAAAAAAUGUUCAAGUCAAAGCGGUUUAAGUCGACAUAAACAAAAACUACAUGCAGUAGCAAAAUCGUCAGAUGUUGAAAAAAGUGUUUUUAAUUCUGAGCAUAAGCAAACUCAUACAAAUGGAUCGUUUUCAUGCGAUAUUUGUGAACAAAUGUUUGAAUCAGAAUUUUAUUUUGUUACACAUAAACGAUUUCACACUGAUGAGUCUUUUUCAUGUGAAGUUUGUGAAAAAGCGUUUACACAUUUAUUAGAACAUGCAAUUUUGAAAGUUGAGGAUAAGCCGUUGUAUAUUAAAAUUGAAAAACAAUUACAUACAGAAUUAAUACUUAAAGAUGAAGAAAUACAAGAUGAAAGAAAAGAAAAAAUUCCAGUUGAAAAAGUACAAAACGAAGAAAAACAUAUUCCUAACAAACUAGAGAAAAUAAUCCCACUGGAACAAGAAAACAUUAAUCAUGAAGAAAAACAUUAUUCUAACGAAUCUGACAAAGAAAUUCCUGUGAAACAAGAACAAAUUAAAGAACAAUUUAUGGAAGAAACUGUUACUGAAGAAAACAAUUUUGCAUGUGAUGUUUGUGAUAAAACAUUUAGCAAGGAAAUGUAUUUAAAUCAACAUAAACUUGGACACAAAAACUUCACAUGUGACGUAUGUGCGAAAACAUUCACCGGACAAAUAUCAUUUAAUAGACAUCAACGUGCGGUACAUUUAAUGCCAAUUGUUUAUUCGUGUGAAAUUUGUGGAAAAAGAUACCGUUCAAAAUGGUUUUUGGAUCGCCACAAACGAAUACAUACGGGAGAAAAACCAUUUUCAUGUGAGUUUUGUAGUAAAGAAUUUCAUACUCAGUCAACUUUAGGUAAACAUCGUAAAAUUCAUACUGAAAAUGUAAAAAAAUUUUCGUGUGAUGUUUGUAAUAAAGCUUUUACCCAACAAGAUCGUUUAAAGGCACAUCAAAAAAUUCACGUUGUAGAAAAAAAGUUUAUCUGUCAUGUUUGUGGUAAACCUUACGGAGUGCAAGAUUAUCUAGCUAAACAUUUAAAAACUCAUACCGGAAUCAAAUCACUUGUCAAAAGUCAUGAACAAAGUCGUCACAGUGAUAUUAUGCAUACAUAUAAGUGUUUUACCUGUGAUGUUUGUGGAAAAUCAUAUGGAAAAAAUGGUCAUUUAAAGGCUCAUCAACGAAGUCAUACCGGAGAAAAAAAUUAUUCAUGUAAUCAUUGUGAUAAAAAAUAUAGUCAUCGUCACAAUUUAAACUAUCAUAUUAAAUCAACUCAUUUGGGCUUAAGACCGUUUUCAUGUGACAUUUGUAAUAGAAGCUUCGCCGUAAAAGACCAUUUAAACAAUCAUAAAAAAACUCAUGUGGAAAAAUCUUAUUCCUGUGAUGUUUGUAAUAAAAAAUUUGCACUUAAAUUUUAUCUAACUUGUCAUAAAAAGACUCAUACCAAACAAAAUUACCGUUUUAAAUGUGACGUAUGUGAUAAAGCGUUUGAUCGAAGAAAAUAUUUACAAACACAUCAACAGAAAUAUCACAAAGAGCAUAAAAUUUCGCCUGUAAAGAGUUCUGAGUAAAUUAUCUAGUCGACAAGUAAUAUACAGGUUAUAUAGAAGAUUGUUGCUCUUGUCCAAAAUUACAGGAAUUAUUUUUUUUAUUUAAAUAGGUCCAGUAUCACGUACUGAAUGUAAAUGCACAAAAUCCUUACAAAAAUAGGCGGGGGGAGUGCCUCCAUUUUAAGGAAAACCGUUUCAGGCUAUAUUUCCAUAACCGUAUACUGUAGACCAAAAUAACCUUUAUUGGAGAUGAUAAUUAAAUUAUCUAUCUGUUUUGUAAA